AUGUCAACAGAACCAUUCGAAAAUGCAAGCCGGCCUAACUCUGCCGGAAUGAACCCGAGCCAACCUCCAAGCCGCUUGCCAAGCUCACUGAAAACCACGAUCUCGGAAGCUGAUCUAGUCCUUUACUGGAAUCUACUUUACCAAAACUUAAAGCGUGUGAUGGCGAAUCGUCGAUCACAUCUCAGCAGCCAGCCAACUGUCGGUCAAAAGUCUCUAAAUGGCGCCGCCGGUCUCUUUCAGGAUUCUAUAUUUUCAGCCAUUGAAGAUGAUCCUACUUGGCUUCAUCAGCUAGUCAAUUCCUCGUCAGCCAAUACUUCUACAAGCGAUCAACCAAACCCAACCGCAAAUCAAUCUCAAUUCUCAAUUCAAGAUCCAUCACAAGAUCCAUUGAAUUCCUAUAUAAUCGAUACCACAUUUCUACCUCAAUCAACUCCCACAUCUGACCUACCCAAUUUUAAUGAGCAAGCCAGCCUCCAUGUCGACCCCGUUGUAUUCCACACACCCAACCUUCCCUCGGUAUCUGCUUUUUCACGAGUAGGAUCACAGCAAGCGCGUCGUGCAACUGUAUCACUUGCUUCACCUCACUACAGUCGAUCACGCUACCAGGCGGACCAGACUAUAUGGACUGGCCCCUCUGGAUGUGCCAAUCAUAAUUUGAUUAGCACUCCUGCCACUCUCAACGCUGCUCAUUCACUUCUGGCAGCGUGGGCUUCAGGAACAAGUCUACCAUCCAGCUUUACCAUCCCAGAAGAGACGGACGCUUCGUUGCAGGUGCAGUCUGAUUGGAACCCACAAUCACUGCCACAUGCCGCCUUUGACAAUACGGCUGGCUAUGCGCAUUCAACAGGCGACACGCGCUACAGAUCGACGUCACUAUCUUUUCUCGGAGGCUUUUUUCCCACAGACUCCUUGCUACACACUGCUAGCUCUGAAGCGCUUCUCGAAGAUUAUGGGACAACCAAUUUAUCGGGAGCUGAGCCUGAGUCUACAGAGUUCCUGAAUUAUUCGACUCUGCCACAGGAUCCCCGUAGCCAUCUCAUACCUCCAGGCUCUGAUUUGGUUUCACCGUCCAUUCCGCAACCUUUGGAAUCCGGACUGUUCAGUCAGAGUUCAUUAGACAAGGACGGGCAAGUGACAGGAUCUAGACAUCGCGCAAAGAGCAACUCUCACGACUCGCAAUCUGAUUCUGAUAAUGGUAUCCAUACAUCCACGGAGUCUUCUCGAGCCGAAAUUCGUGGAUCAAGGACGAGUCCCACGGAUCAGAGCGACUCGCAUCCCUCCGUAGGUAGCUUUGAAGCUCCCGCCUAUGCCCCCGCCCUCCCGCCUCUUCCCUUUCCGGAAUCGUUUGACCAUAAGAAUGGUUCGGCUGGAACAUGCACCCAAAGCUGGAUUCCUGCAGACGCUUCCAAGGCUCCCCUUGCUCAAGACCCGCACUCUUCGAAUCACUUCGAUCGAGGCCUCAGCUAUACUUACGGUCCAAUAUCGAAUUUUGAUUCGGAGGAAGCGUCAAGAUCUCACCACACGAAUCAAUUCUUGUGGGAUGAAAAAUUCUUGACAACGCUGGAGAAUUUCGAGCCUAGACGUGAAUCGGAUCCUUUCCCUGCGGCGCCAGUCCCUCAGAGACCAUGGGAGCAGCGUCAUCGUUACUCGAUUGCCACCAUGCCCUUUGAAGGCUCGACAUCGAAUGCCUUUGGUAACACCAUGAAAUCCGUGAGCGACCUCGAGCAUCCGAACGCUCUAGACUCUAUAACGCCUUCAUACAGUCGCCAAUUCGCCAGCUUCACUACCCAGGCAUCUGAGCCUACCUCUGCCGGACCCGAUACAGCUGCCACAUCUGUAUUCGACGAGGGAAGACUUGAUGGGUGGUCCCAAUCCCAGACACAACCUGUGCACCAUACCCACAAUUGCUCUUCACACACUAAAGCAAGCUCACUCGGUGCUCUCGGCUUGAAUCAGUUUGCGAUGCUACCGCCGGUCAUCCCUCAAACCUCGACCGAAUUUCCCCAACCUAAUGGAGGACGUUCACAUGACGAGACAGGGGUUGUGGGUGCGCGUGAUCCAUCGAAUACAGAUGGUACCAAGCGUGGAUGGGUCAGUCGGAAUGCAAGGCAGCUUGGAUAUGUUAACGGGCAAGUAGAGGCUAGCUUAGCUCCACAGGAACCGCUCUUUGGCUUUGGUAGCGAGCCUACUUACGGGUUUCAAAACUUCGCGGCUCGCUACACGCCGCCAGUCGGUCGGCCUCAAGAUAUUGUGGUCGAACGCCUUCCGGAGCUCACUUUACCUCCAGCUUGUGUCCCCAACAACGGGCCACCCUCCAUCGAUCGCCCUCCAACUCGUCUUCGUCGGCUUACUAUGCUCACUCAGCCGCUGUGGACAAGCAAGCGGCCGGAAAUGCCGAGUCGAUCGAGUUCUUAUGGUCAUGGGUCAUCAAGACCAGUAUCUGUGAGCUGGAACGAGCAACCCCGCGAGCAUACGAAGGUCGGAGAGGUCGUCGGCUAUGAGCAUGGUCAAAAGACAGGCGCACUUCCUUUGCCCUCACGAGCUACAGGACCUUCGCCUCAAUCAACACAGCCUCUGAGCCAGUCACAAGGAAAGAAGCGAGAAAGAAGCCUUUCGAUGGCCGAUCCAGCGCCCCCGCUCAAAUACAGUUCGUAUGAUGAGCCCUCACGGUAUGGUGGUCUCGGACAGGGGCCGUCUCCCUAUCCUCCUGGCUUAAAUGGAGCAGUUAGGCCAAACGAGGAAGAUUUCAAUGGAAAGACAGGCGAGGGUAUGAUUCCAUGGCAGCAGGAGUUGAGGUGCGAUGAGGAUCUUUAUACACCGAUCUGGUGUCGAGGUCAGAACGACAAAAAGGAGGGAUUUUGCGACAUGUGCGAGGGUGGGGCAUGGUUGAGGCUAAAGAACAGCGCAUUUUGGUACCACAAACAAUACUAUCAUGGUGUUAGUUCAACGACCGGCCACUACUUCUACCCCCCGCGAGAGACCAAGCGUGGGCUUUCUUCUGCGAAUCGGCAGCAAAUCCUUGGACUAUGUCACGAGUGUAAUGAUUGGGUUGGGUAUUCUGCAGUUCCUGGAAGCUCGCGCCGAGCACCUAAAAGCCAGGCAGUCAAUCAGGAGAAUGGAAGCGAAGGCGAGUGCAAUCACAAGGAGGGCACCGGGAAUGCAAAUGAGGAGCCUCACGGAGAAGAGGCUCAAGAAGAAGAUUUGGCUGAGAUUGGCGAUGACGAGUCGAGUCAGAAAUUGGCAAAGGAAAAGGCGGAUUCAAAGGUCCCAACGCUUUGGUAUAAACAUGCUCACAAAUGUCAUCGACAUCAGACAUGUAAAGGCGCCAAGGGAAGAAAAAAGGGAAAGAAGAAUGGACAAGCUAAAGGGAAGGGAACCGGAGCAAAAAAAGUUGUUGUCUAA